UUUACACAAUUUACAUAAUUUAAUUAAUUUAAUUAAUUAUAUGUUAAAUAAUAAUAUAAUUAUUCAAUAAUAAUACAAUUAAUUAUAUGUUAAAUAAUUAUGUGUUAAAAUGUUUGUAUGGGUAAGAGGAGGAUAGAUAAGAGUAAUGUGGUAAAGGCGUUAAAGGAGAUAAAAACCGAAGAUAAACACAAUCCUUCCAACACCAAAUCCAACCAGUUGGGUGAUGAGUUUGCGGGUGCGGUUAGGUUUGUACCGCAGCAGGUUCGUAAGAGGAAUAAUUAA